AUCAAGAAGAUUAUUGGCGAGUUGUCCGCCCGAGUAGUAAACCCUUCAUGUGAGUUGCACGUUACUGAACAUCCAGUUGGAUUAGAGUCUUGUAGAGAAGAUGUCAACAGACUUUUACAUGCCAAGGAAAAUAUUGUUCGCAUGGUAGGCAUAUGGGGACCUGGUGGAAUAGGAAAGACCACAAUUGCGAAAGAUGUGUUUAAUUCAAUUCAGCAUAAGUUUGCAUGCAGUUGUUUCUUGGCAGAUGUUAGAUCAAAUGCCCUAGUCCAACUGCAAGAGACACUUUUGUUUGAUAUUUUAAAGGACGAAACUUUGAGGGUGCACAAUGUUGAUAAAGCAGUCGGUUUGAUAAAGACAAGGAUGCGAAAUAAAAAAGUUCUCUUAAUCCUUGAUGACGUGAGUCAUUCUAGCCAAUUACAAAACUUAGUUCCAUCCCCUGAUUGUUUUGGACCGGGCAGUAGAAUUCUCAUAACAACAAGAGAUAAACGUUGGCUAAUUGCUCAUCAAGUUGAUGAAGUAUAUGAGGUCAAGAUGUUAAAGGAUCAUCAAGCUUUGAACUUGUUUAGUUUGAAUGCAUUCAAAAGAAAUGGACCUCCAGGGGAUUAUCUGAAACUUGCACAACGUGCAGUACGCUAUGCCCAGGGCCUUCCAUUAGCUUUGAUAGUUUUAGGGUCUCAUCUAUUUCGUAGAAGCAGAGAGGAGUGGGAAGCUACAUUAGAUAGUUGUAGGGGAGAAGAUCCCCACAGAGAGAUAAGAGACGUGCUCAAAAUAAGUUAUGAUGCUCUGGGAGUAGAUUUAAAAGAAUGUUUUCUUGAUAUCGCUUGUUUCUUUAAAGGGGCGCACGUAGAUCAUGUGAAACCAAUACUAGAA